UAAAGUUUCUAGAUAAAUCAAAAGUUCCUUGAUUAUUUUCGCGUCGUUCAAAACAAUGUUAGUCUUAUUGAACUCAAAAAAUAGUAGUAGUCGUUUAUGUUUGUUUCAAGACGUUUAUAAUUAAUUUUGUUUUGUAUUAAUUAGUUUGUGCUACGAUUUUUGGUUAUCUUCAAGACUUCAUAUCAAAUCGUAUAAGGAAGAAAUAUUCGAAUUUAAUUUGAUGAUUUGUUGAAGAUAACUAUGGAUACCAAAAAGCCACAAUCUGCAAGAACUUGUGACUAUGAUUAUGAAUAUGAAUGCGAGUAUGUUAAUACAAAACUAGAAAAUGAUAAACUGCAUGGAGAAAAUGAUGCAUUGCAAAAGUUGCGUAAAGGAUUGGAGGAAUGUAAGAAAGAAAAUAUAGCAUAUGAGAAGGAGUUAUCUAAAUUCUACAGAUUACACAUAGAACCACAAACUGUAGACAAAAGUAAGAAUGAAGAAUUAAACAAAAGUCUUAUGAUUAUGAGAUCAGAAGAGAUGUCAUCUUUAAGUACAACGUCAUUGGAUAUCAUCAAACGAAGAAAAAACAUAGCCAAUAUGGAAUACAAUAUUUCUUUGAAAGAAAUAAAUAUGGAAUUAAAUUUUCUAAAUGGAAGAAUAGGAUCCCUUCAAAACGAAAUUAGUUCCAUGCUGAAAGUUGUACAAUCCACUGUUGAUUUUGUAUCCAAUGCAGAAAAAGAUUUAGAAGAUUUCUCCACGCAAGACGUCAUCAUGAAGAUGAAAUUAAAAGAAUAUAAUCAGACGUUAGAAAAUGUAACAGCCACAUUAGAUAAUUUAAAAGUCCAUGAUUUACAAGUACAUUUAAUACUAGAAAAGUAUAAACAGUAUUUAGCUAUGAUAGAAGAAAAUAUCAAAUUAGAUAAUAUUUUAAGUGAAUAUCAUGAUCUACCACCAAAUUUAUUAGAAGCUAAAAUUAUUCUUGAAAAAAAACAAAAAGAUUACGAUAAUCUUGAAAAUAAAUUUGUAUUAUAUAAGGCAUUGUCUGAAAUUAAAAAAACAAAUUGUUUAUUAUUAAGAAAGGUAAUAGCUAUCAGUUGA